AAAGUCACACGAGGAGUCAAGAGGGGAUUUGCGUGAGGUCAAGUUUCGGGUUUGGAGGCUUCCGCGUGAGGCCGCGUGUGCCUGUUUUCCCCAGCCGCUGAACGCGUCACAGACCCCGCCUCUGUCCCCGCGGAGCUCCGCAGGAGGCUCCGCAGCCUCCGGGUGUAAACGGCGGAGUGUGACUCCCUGACCGGUCGUGAAGCUGUCAGUCCUCCCUGGAGGUCUCUCUCUCUCUCUUCUCCCCCCCCUCACACCACUUGUUCUCGGCUUCUCCGUCAGCAUGUCUCCGUCCCCCCGCUGCUUCAUGGAGAGGGAGGUGUCCCGGCACCGCACCAAGGACUCCUGCUGGGUGCUGCUGGGGACCCGGGUGUACGACGUGACCGCCUUCCUGCGGAUGCACCCGGGCGGCGAGGCGCUGAUCCUCCGCCGCUCGGGCCAGGACGUGAGCCGGGAGAUGGAGGGACCCCCGCACCGGCACUCGGAGAACGCCCGGCGGUGGAUGGAGCAGUACUAUAUCGGGGAGCUGGACCGGGGCAGCGGCGGCGACGAGGCGCAG